CCCCUGUCCACGACACCAGACGCCCGAACCGCACGUUGAACCCCGCGAUCGAUCGUGCAGUUGUAUCUCUCAGAUCACCAUGGCGGCGACCUGCAAGUAGAGAAGGAGAAGUUGUUUGUCGCGCGGCCGGAACUUUGAUCGGAACAGGAUCCCAUCAGCUGUUUCCUUAGGUCUGAUUUUCCAUCGUGGCUCGUCGUGUACUAUCCGGGCAGUAAUGGAAUCUGUCACUAGGUUGCCAAUGCAGAUGAAUGAGGAAGGUUUUGGCACACCUAUAAAGAAAGCAAAUGUUCCUCUCUCUUGUUCGUCUUUUACACCUGAAUGUGAAGAUAAUCUGAAGCCUAAAUUAGGAAUGACAUUUGAGGGGCUAGAGGCUGUGGAGAAGUUCUACAAGCACUAUGCACAUGAAUCUGGUUUUGGAGUUCGUGUUGGACAACAGAAGAAGAUAGACAAUGAGGUAGUUCGCACUAAACGGUACAUGUGUAACAGGGAAGGAUUCAAGUCUGAGAAGGCUAAUGAGGUCGCUGAUCCAUCAAAAAAAAGGCGUAAGAACACGGCGACAAGAUGUGGUUGUGAUGCACAUAUCUUUGUGAAGCUAUGUGGAAAUGAUACAUAUAAGAUAGAAUCAUGGAUUGAGAACCACAAUCAUGGUCUUGUGUCACCUGAUAAGCGUCAUAUGAUCAGAUCGAAUCGUCGAGUUAGUGAGAGGGCCAAGAAUGCAUUGUACACAUGCCACAAAGCAAGCAUAGGCACAUGUCAGGCAUACAGGCUGCUCCAAGUCAGCGAGGGUGGGAUUGAUGGUGUUGGAUGCACAAAAAGAAAUUUUCAAAAUUACUAUCGUGACCUCAGGUAUAAAAUUAGGAACGCGGAUGCCCAAAUGUUUGUUGCCCAACUAGCUAGAAAGCAGGAAGUUAAUUCGGCCUUCUUCUAUGAUUUUGAAGUGAGUGAUGAAGGAAAUUUGAAGUAUGUGUUCUGGGCAGAUGCCACAAGUAGAAAGAACUACAAACACUUUGGCCGUGUGGUAUCGUUUGAUUCAACAUACACUACUAAUCAGUACAACAUGAUAUUUGCACCAUUUACGGGGGUUAACCAUCAUUUACAAAGUGUAUUUUUUGGAGCUGCAUUUUUGCUAAAUGAGCAGGAGGAGUCAUAUGUUUGGUUAUUUAAGACCUUCUUGAAGGCAAUGGGAGGUGAAGCGCCGGGACUCAUCAUAACUGACGAAGCUCGCAGCAUGAAGAAUGCAAUUAAUAUAGUUUUUCAAGGAAUCAUACACAGAUUGUGCAUGUGGCAUAUAAUGGAUAAACUUCCAGAGAAGGUUGGACCAGUGAUUAGGGAAGAACCAGAAUUUUGGAAGAGGAGGAAUGCAUGUGUAUGGGGUUCGGAAACCCCGACUGAGUUUGAGUCGGAGUGGAAUUCCGUAAUUGCAGACUUCGGUUUGGAGGAGAAUGAGUGGUUUACGAAAAGGUUCAGUCUUCGAGAGUCAUGAAUACCAGCCUACUUUAUGGAUAUACCACUGGCAGGCAUUCUCCGAACAACUUCAAGGUCGGAAAGUGCAAAUUCAUUUUUCAACCAUUUCAUCCAUCGCAAGCUCACCCAUGUUGAGUUUUGGCUUAGGUUUGACACAGCUUUAGAAUGCCAACGACAAGAGGAGUUGAUUGCCGACAACUCAACCAUCCAUAGCACCCCUCAAUUAGUGACACCAUGGGCGAUCGAGAAACAAGGCAGUGAAGUGUUCACAUAUGAGGUGUUUGAGAAAUUUCAGAAACAAAUUAUUGCUGCUAGAGACCAUUGUUGUGUUCAAGGCAUUACACAAGAUGAGGGAAUAAAACUUGUGACCUUCAGAACCGGUGCUAGUAAGGUAAGG